CUGUAUAGUUGAUCAUUCAACUGUAUAACUUGUUCAAGCUUGAUGAUUUAGGGUUUAUAUUUGCUUUAAAUUCUGAUAUGGUGAUGAAUUAUGGAAGUUCUUGAAUUGUUUUCUGUGUUUCUGUUCUGUGAUUUUUGAUUGGUGGUUAGCUUGUGUUCUUGAGGAUUCUAUCACUUGGGUUGACUUCAUUUUCUGAGCGAUUUCUUGAAUCAGGGUUCUGUUUCUCACUGAUGUUCUCAAAGCAAGAUUGUGGUAUAUAUCACCACUAUAGAUCAAAUGCCAUCUGUCAAAAUGAAGACCAAGUCAUCUGCGGGCUGUUUUGUGGAACAAAACGGUCUUCAUGUAUGUCAAAAGUCAAGUAUGAUAUCGAAGAAUUUGCUCUCUCGUGUCAAGAUUUCUCAACAGGCAGCAGAACUUGAGACUUGUAUUCCUAGUAGUCAGGACGGUGAGUGAUGGUACUGAGUAAUCACACUUGGCAAAUGGUAUAGAAAAGACAUUACUUUAUCGGUAUCAACAAGGAUAGCAUAAUUUAUGGGUUGGAUUAUUCCUUAUUAUCAUCUGUUGCCUAUGGUCAAGGUUGUCAAUUAGUGUGAGAUAUCACAGAUCAGUGUUAGGGUUUUGUGCAGCAUAUGUAUCAUAGGGGUGUAUAUAGAUAAGACAUACAUUUUAUUUUAUCAAACAAUUAGAAGGAUUUACAUGGAAUAAUACAAUAGUGACUGAUUAAAAUUUGUAAGAAGCAAUUCGAUCUCCAUUUUAUCCAUGUUUGAAAAACAGUUUAGGUAAAAUGAUUUAGUUGAAUGUGACAUGGCAUAGCAUUAUAUCAUGAUUUAUAGGCGCAUUUUAGGAUCACAUUACAUUAUGAAACCUUUGACAUUUUUCUUUCGAACAAAGUCAUUGUGGUGAUACUAUUGGAGUAAAACUGACACUUGGAAUUAUGUUGUCUACAACUGAUUGGUGUAUGUUGACUUAAUAGUUUGCAAUCACAAAACAAGCACUUCCAUUCAAUAAGCAAUACUUGAUGUUUGUUCAAAGUUUCUCAAGAAUUGUACUUUUUAUGAAGUGAAAAAUUACUUCAAUAAGCUUUGUUCUUUUUCUUUUUGAUGUGGUAGAAUCAGGGAGUUAACGAUUUUAUUUUUGAUGCCCACCUAAAAUAAAGCUAUAUGAGGGGUAAUAAACUGUAAAAUUUUAAAAACCUGAAAGAGGUCGAUGUAUAUUUAGUCCUAGACUGCCUAUAGACAAGUACCAAUCAUAUUAUUCUUCAUUUCUUGAAAUAAAGAUGCUUUAUUAUUCAAUUUUUCUGAAAUGACAAAAAAAUUUAAGGUGAUUAUAUCAUAAGUGUGAAAUAUGUACUUAAUUGACCAUCAUAAGAUAUUGUCCCACAGCAAUAGGCAGUGCUGGGCCUCUAGUUACUCUCUUGUAUCCUCAGUUUAGCUAUGAAACCCACUUAGUGCUAAAGAUUGUUCAUUUGAUUGAAUUUAUGGUUUUGUAGUUGGUUUGUUCAAGACACAAUGUGCUCAGGACAGGGGAAGUGGUGAAACUAACUAUAUGCUCGGUAAAGAAACCUGUCAGUCUCAGAAGCAGCAUUCACCUCUGAUUGACUCUUCAACUGCUGGGAGAACAGAAUCUGUUCCAGCAACCUGCACAUCAAACCUGGAAACAAUAUUUUCACCUAUUCUGGAGUCCAUUGGCAUUCACAGUGAACUAAAUGCAUACUAUGAUGGAGGAAGUCACAAACAUCUUGAUGUUCCAUGGUUGGGUGAAGAUAACAGGGGUGAGAACAGCGGAAGUUCAGGCGAGCACCAUACUUGCAACGUAUCAGAUUUUUACAUUUCUGACACGAUUGGUUCUGCCUUACCCAUAGAAGGCAACUUAACAUAUGACGAUAUUCCAGAAAACACCACCUGCUUACUUGAUUACACAUGUGAUGAGCCAAGUGUUUUUUUUAAUGUGUCUGAUGUGUCUGAGGAAUGUAUGAUGCUACAUUUCCUCGAGGAUGACGUGGAAGCGAGCAAUGGCCAUGAUAACAGAUCAUGUGAAGAAAGCAUACAGUCAGAUGAUUCAAGCUUACAUUUAGUAAUCCAUCAAUUGAGAUCCUGCAACCAGUAUUCUGAUGUUAAUUGCUACGCGGACUCAGAUCAAGCAGAGUUCUUUGAUCCACACGUGUUCAUCAGGAAUCUGCCAGACCAACUGGAUGUGUCACCCAGUUUUCGGCCCACCUUAUUGCCAAAGGAAACCCGGAAAAUGAAACCAAUAACCCUAGUGCUUGAUUUGGAUGAGACACUUGUCCACUCCACAUUGGAGCAUUGUGAUGGUGCCGACUUCACAUUUUCUGUGUUUUUCAACAUGAAAGAGCACACCGUGUAUGUGAAACAGCGGCCUUACCUCCAAACAUUCCUGGAGAGAGUUGCAGAAAUGUUUGAAAUUUUAGUCUUCACAGCCAGUCAAAGCAUCUAUGCUAAACAACUUCUGGAUAUACUUGAUCCGGAUGGGAAGUUCAUUUCACACCGAGCUUAUCGUGAAUCAUGCAUUUUUUCAGAUGGAAUUUACACCAAGGACUUGACUGUUUUAGGUGUUGAUCUUGCAAAAGUAGCGAUAAUUGAUAAUUCCCCUCAGGUUUUCCGGUGGCAAUUGAAUAAUGGGAUUCCUAUUAAGAGUUGGUUUGAUGACCCAUCAGAUUGUGCACUAAUUUCAUUACUUCCCUUCCUAGAGACCCUGGUUGACGCUGAUGAUGUCCGUCCCAUCAUUGCUAAGAGAUUCGGUAACAAGGAAUAAGAGCCCCUUGUUCUCUCCUUAUUAUCUCAAUUUAACAACUCCUUGUCCCUUUCACUUGUUUUAAGCAAGUUCAUUCUUCAUUCCUCUUUUAGUUCUAUAUAUACACAUUUAUGGAUAUAUUGGUCUUCUUGUUGCAUCAGCCUUUGGUGUUUGUGCCUCUGUUUGUCUCUUCUCUUUUUCGUAUAGGUGUUUGAUCUAAUUGUGCAAAAGGUUGUUCCGAAGAGCUUCUCUAUAUCUGCAUUGUACAGUUAUAGAUGCUUAGCUAAUAGCUGAUAACAAGCCUGUGUAUAUAAUUUGAUUUGAAAUAAAAUUUUGAAUUUCUUAUUUCAUUAUA